AUUGAGAACAGCAGAGAGAGCUGCACUGAGCAGGCGCGUGCACCGACAGCUUAUGAAGUCAUAUUGUCCUUCUUUGCUCCAGACUCAAUCGGGAAAAGCAUCGUUUUUUGAACCAUAAAGCUUUCGCUAAACAGUGGGAAGAGAUGGUCUUGUGUUCGGGACUGACAUAACGUUAAAAGGGUGACUCAGUGAACAUGGCCCCAAAUUCCAUCCACUGGUUCCGGAAGGGUCUUCGUCUUCAUGACAACCCUGCGCUUCAGGAGGCAGUGCGUGGGGCAGACACUGUUCGAUGUGUCUACUUUCUGGAUCCCUGGUUUGCUGGGUCAUCCAACCUUGGGGUUAAUAGGUGGAGAUUUCUCCUACAGUGCCUGGAUGAUCUUGAUUCAAAUCUAAGAAAACUCAAUUCCCGCCUUUUUGUCGUCCGAGGGCAACCAGCCAAUGUUUUUCCACGCCUUUUCAAGGAAUGGAAAAUAUCCAGGUUGACCUUUGAGUAUGACUCGGAACCGUUUGGGAAGGAGAGGGAUGCGGCUAUUAAAAAGCUUGCGAUGGAGGCUGGAGUUGAAGUCAUUGUCAAAACCUCACACACCCUUUACAACCUUGAUAAGAUCAUUGAACUGAACGGUGGCCAGCCUCCCCUCACCUACAAACGUUUCCAGACACUUAUCAGCCGUAUGGACCCGCCUGAGAUGCCAGUGGAAACCCUCUCCAACAGCAUUAUGGGCUGCUGUGUCACGCCAGUCUCUGAAGACCAUGGGGACAAAUAUGGUGUGCCGUCUCUGGAAGAACUAGGAUUUGAUAUUGAGGGACUUCCUUCUGCUGUCUGGCCUGGAGGUGAAACCGAGGCAUUAACAAGAAUUGAAAGACAUCUGGAGCGAAAGGCUUGGGUUGCAAAUUUUGAAAGACCCAGAAUGAAUGCCAACUCUCUGCUGGCCAGUCCGACUGGUUUGAGUCCCUACCUCCGUUUUGGCUGCCUCUCUUGCCGCCUCUUCUAUUUCAAACUCACAGACCUCUAUAGAAAGGUAAAGAAAACCAGCACUCCUCCGCUCUCCCUCUACGGUCAGCUGUUGUGGAGGGAAUUUUUCUACACCGCUGCAACCACCAAUCCACGAUUUGAUAAGAUGGAAGGAAACCCAAUCUGUGUGCGCAUCCCCUGGGACAAGAACCCAGAGGCUUUGGCUAAAUGGGCUGAAGCUAAGACAGGUUUUCCCUGGAUCGAUGCCAUAAUGACCCAACUGAGGCAGGAGGGAUGGAUCCACCACCUGGCCCGUCAUGCUGUUGCAUGUUUCCUCACUCGUGGAGACCUGUGGAUCAGUUGGGAAGAGGGCAUGAAGGUGUUUGAGGAGCUUCUAUUGGAUGCAGACUGGAGCGUGAACGCAGGCAGCUGGAUGUGGCUCUCCUGUAGCUCUUUCUUUCAGCAGUUCUUUCAUUGCUACUGUCCAGUGGGUUUCGGCAGGCGCACCGACCCUAACGGCGAUUUCAUUAGACGCUAUUUACCUAUUCUCCGAGGUUUCCCUGCCAAAUAUAUAUAUGACCCAUGGAACGCUCCAGACUCAGUGCAAGCUGCUGCCAAGUGUAUCAUUGGCGUCCACUACCCCAAACCCAUGGUAAACCACGCUGAAGCCAGCCGCCUCAACAUUGAGAGGAUGAAGCAGAUCUACCAACAACUGUCCCGCUACAGAGGACUUGGACUUCUGGCCUCCGUACCAUCCACACACAACGGGAAUGGAAAUGGGAUGGCCUACUCUCCAGGGGAACAGCAGUCUGGGACCAAUACACCAGCACCAGCUGUAUCAAGCGGCUCUGUUGCCAGUGGUAACAGGAGUGGGAGUAUUUUGCUGAACUUUGAUAGUGAAGAGCACCAGGGACCAAGUGGAAUUCAGCAGCAGCAUCAACAACAACAACAGCAGCAGCAGCAGCAGCAAUUAGGAUACCAUCACAUGCCUGACUCGGGCCACAACAGUAGAUUUUACAAAAGCAAUGUCUCGCAUGACAUGGCAGCAGGACACUUGCUGCAUAAAGGAGGAAGUGUGACAGGGAAGAGGGAGAGAGAGUCGGAACGAGAUCUAGAUGGUGAAGAUGAAUCCCUCUCCACUUCGCACAAGUUACAACGGCAAAUCGCAGAGGUCACUUCAGUUUAUGCCUCUAGUGGGAAUCAGUCAAGUAUGAGGAGUUAAAAAUGGACAUAUCAAAAGACUGAGGAAGAAAAUACAAAACAUGGCACAGUUGAAUAGGACGACUUUCUCCAUUUGUGUGUGGAUGCGUUUUUUCUCAUGUUUGAGGGAAAAUCUGGUUUUAUUUUAACCCCCUGCUCUUUCAUGUUCAAAGGAUGUGAAUGUUAGCUCAGAAUUUGUUUUUAUCAUUUACUGAAAUUCAUUUGCUUUAAAAAGAAUUAGUUUUUUUUUUUUCAUUUGACAGACACGAACGUCUUUUUAUUUUCUAGUCUUCUUGGAAAAGCCCCUUUCUUUAUUGGCAGUCUUUGUGAUUUGCUUCACCACUGUUGUGGUUGAGGUUUUAUUUACUGUCAAGUGAACCCUACCAAGUGGGAUAGACAGAUCAGUUUUUAACCAUCAUGAUAAAGCUGAGCUUCAUUCUACAUAAAUUGCAGCUAGAUUUUGUAAGUAUUUUUGCAGUUUGGUCGGCACCCACACCAUCCAUGAACCUGCAACCACCAUAAAACACUUUUGUACAGUUUUCGCAGACAUUUUCUCAUUGUACAUUUUCACUGAUGCUCAGUAGAGUGGUUUACACGCCACGUUUUGUAAACAGACAAAUUUAUACAGUUAUAUUUUAUAUAUUGGUGUUUCGUUCUUUGCCAGUUCAAUGUUUUAGUGUUGCUCUGAAAAUCGAUAUAAAUAUUCAAUACCAGCAGAGCUGACAUUUUAAAGUAGCUUUUAAAAUCCACCGAAAAUGAACAACUGAUCUUAAACACUCGUGUUUUUAACUCUGGACACAUUUGUAAAUUCUAUCAGGGAAAGAACUGCGGUUCUUGAAUGUUUUUAAACAGGCUACAGCAUUAAUGCUUCUAAACCUUAGCUUACAGUAUCUUCUUCAUCGUCUUGCUUGGCAGACACACACAGACAGCUGAUCUUUACGGUCAGGCCUUAAAUACUGAUAAAAACGCCAACCUAGACUCUGCCAAAGCCAGGAAAUGACAAUGGAAAAGAAAAUCAUCCUUGUUCAACAACUAUCAUCAGUAUGUCUGUGAAACUAACUUUUAUGGAUCAAGCAAAUCUGUGUAAAUAGACACCCCAUUCUCAUCUCUAUCCCUCAAGAUCUCUCAGCAUAGCUUUUACAUGCAUGUUUUUUUUUCAUUUUUGUUUAAUGAAUCUUAAUAAGUCAUUUAGAUCAGUGUUUCUCAAAUACGUUCAUGGAAGACCACCAGCUCUGCACAUUUUCCUUGUCUCCUUUACCAAAUACGCCUGAUUGAAAUCAUUAGCAGAGACCAGUAAUGGGUGUGACAAAGGAGGUCCUCCAGGAACAUGGUUGAGAAACACUGAUUUAGGCUAAACGAAACAUCAAGAGGUGUCAUCUAAUCAUAACAUGGCAUUUUACAUUGACUGACAUUCCUAAAAUAAGCAAAGCGUUAACCGAUUUGAAUUUGAAGUUAUCCCACUGCAUCCCCCUUUGACAAUGUUCUUGAUAGUUUUAAAAUGAGAGUAAUUAACAUCUGCUUUCUAAUCUAAUUAGUCUGGUAACCAAUAAUUAGGAUUAUGAACUAUUAGGAUUGUUAGGAUUAUUUGUAUUCUGUGUAUUUGGCCACAACUGCUUUAUACCAAAUGCCUCCUACAGACCAAACAUCAGUUUCUCAAAUUUUAACUGUUGGUUUUCAACCAGAUUGCCUGAAAAUAUAAAAUAAAUAUCUUAAGUAUAAAUAUAUGUGUUUUAGUAACCUAAAGCAGCAAUUUUAUGAGAUAUUGGGGAAAAAAAUCUGCAUCUUUUCAAAAUUGUAUAUUUCACUGUCAUUAAAUACUAACAAACAUUAGUCACAAUAUUAAGGAUGGGGAAAUCUGUUCUCUUAUAAUAAAUUCACCACAAUUUUAACAGUGUCACCAACACAGAUGCUUUAAUGACAGCUCCCCAUGUAAAACUAGAUUAUGUAUAUAAAUAUAUGGGCCCUUGAGUUCAUGUAUGGUUGUUAAUAACGGUGAUCUGGCAACCCCUCACUGAACUGCACUAAAUCCGUUUGGCCUGAGUUUGUGUUUGUAUUGCUGGAUCUGCUUUGACACUGUGACAUCUGUAUUGCUGUUGCCGACCAGAAGUGUUCAGUUCUAAUGUGAAUGUUUUGAUAUGAUAAUUAUAGAAACCUCAGUGCUUUUUGACUGUAAUAUCUCUGUGCUAUUAUAGUUUUGUCACGGCAGAAGCAAACAGUUUCUGUUUCUCCCCACUAAAGAUAGUCAUAUGUUUGGGUUUUGUUUUGUUGUUUUGUUUUUCUUUGUGGAAUAAAUGUGAUGUCACGUCUGAAUCUUGUCCUUGAAGUCUGUAAACAGUUGUAAAAGUAAAUCUGAUUGAAAAACUGGA